GGUUCACAACUUCACCAUGGUCACGUUGGAAGGGAAACCUAUUUCGCUCAGGGUUUACGAGGGGAAAGUUCUUCUUAUCAUCAAUGUGGCCACUUUCUGAGACUCCACUGUCAAGGAGUACCUCAGGCUGAAUGCACUCAUGGACAGAUUUCAUGGUGAGAACUUCACCAUUCUGGGAUUCUCAUGCAAUCAGUUUGGACUGCAGGCACCAGAGGACAAUCACGAGACUCUGGACGUCCUGCGGUGUGUCAGACCUGGAGGCGGUUUCAUUCCAAAGUUCCCCUUGUUCAGUAAAAUCGAGGUUAAUGGGCUGAGUGAGGCACCUCUGUACACCUUCCUAAAGGAGACACUGCCUUCUGUGAAUCCUGUUAUUGGAGAUAUCAAGAAACUCUGUUGGUCUCCAAUUAAAAUAAGUGACAUCCGGUGGAACUUUGAGAAGUUUCUUAUCACAGUAGAAGGGUUGCCAAGCAAACGCUAUGAUCCUAAUCACCCUUUUGAAGAUGUGGAGAGAGACAUAGCUGCACUCCUGUAA